AUGACAGACUCCAGCGAGGAUGCUCUGGAGCUUGACCAGGCUUCCUCCCAGCACAUCCCAAAGCCAUGGGUGUUUCCAGUCCCAAAGGGGAUCCUACAGCGCAUCUUUGGGACCAGCCAGGUGUUCCAGAACUUUGAUGAUAUAAAACCAAAGGUCACGGGGUUAACAGUGCCCCUCAAAGUCAGGGAACACUACCAUCGAGGCCAGAAAUGCUUGGAGCAAGAAGACUGGGAGGCGGCCGUGCUAUUCUUCUCCCGAGCCCUCCACCUGGACCCCCAGCUGGUAGACUUCUACGCCCUAAGAGCCGAGGCCUACAUCCAGCUCUGUGACUUCUCCUCCGCCAUCCAGAACCUGCGGAGGGCCUGCUCCUUCCAGCCGGAGAACACCCACUACCUGGAGCGGUUCUGCUUCGUGCUUUACCUGCAGGGCCAGUGCCUAUUUGAGCAAUGCGCCUUCCUGGACGCCCUGAACAUCUUCUCGCAAGCCUCUGAGCUCCAGCCUGAGAAAGCCUGCUUCCGUUACCAGUGCAUGGCCUGUCUCCUGGCCCUCAAGCGGCAUGCCGACUGCCUCUCACUCGUCACCAAGGAAGUGAAGUGUGGCACGACCAAUGCCGAUGUCUACAUCCUCCGGGCCAGGCUCUACAACUUCUUCCAGAAGCCCAGCCUCUGCUAUCAAGACCUGCACAGUGCCUUGCUACUGGAUCCCAAGCACUCACAGGCCAAGGUGCUGCUCAAGACGUUGGUGGGCCAGGCCCAGAAGGCACGCCAAGAUGCCGGGAUCCUAGCCGUGCAGGGCAAGCUGCAGCAUGCGCUGCAGCACAUCAACUGUGCCAUCGAGAACAACCCUCUGGACCCCAGCCUCUUCCUCUUCCGGGGCACCUUGUACCGACGGCUCCGGGAGUUUGAUGCCGCCGUGGAGGACAUCCUGAAGGCGCUGGACAUGAUGACGGAGAGCCAGGAGGCCUUGGUGCAGCAGGCGCAGCACCAGCUGCUACUGGCCUACAACGACUUCGCUGUGCACUGCUACACGCAGGGCGCCUACCAGGAGGGCGUGCUGCUGCUCAACAAGGCCCUCAAGGGCGAGCAGCAGGAGAAGGGUCUCUACAUCAACCGCGGCGAUUGCUUCUUCCAGCUGGGCAACCUGACCUUUGCUGAGGCGGACUACCAGCAGGCGCUGGCGCUGAGCCCGCAGGACGAGGGCGCCAACCUGCGCAUGGGCCUGCUGCAGGAGAAGAUGGGCUUCUGCGAGCAGAGGAGCAGGCAGUUCCGUAAGGCAGAGAACCACUUCUCAAUGGCCAUCCAGCACAACCCGCGGAGGGCCCAGUACUACCUGCACCGCGCCAGGAGCCGGCAGCUCCUGCAGAACGUUUUUGGGGCCCGCCAGGAUGUUGCCACUGUCCUGAUCCUCAACCCCAAGCAACCGAAGCUGCUCUCACUGAUGACCAACCUCUUCCCGGGCAUGUCAGUGGAGGAGGUGCUUGGCAGCCAGGUGGCCCAGCUGGCCAGGUUGCAGCUGGACCGGAUGAUUCGGAGCAGCCCGCAGGCCAGCAUCCCUCAGGGCAUCAUGGGGCAGCUCGGGGAGCGGGAACUAGAGCGCCAGAAGUCCCGGGCCCUGCAGCUCUCGUGGAAGGUGGAGGAGCCUUUGUUUGAGACCUCCAAAGAGCUGGAGGCCACUCCCCAGACCCUGUGGGCAGAGCCAGAGGAAGAUGCCAAGGCCCUCAAGGAGGAGAAGGAAAAAAAGGAGCAGCCGGAGCCCGCUCCUAGCAAGGUGAGGUCCGUGUCCGAGAGCUACCUUGACCAGACCUCGUCAGGCUCCACCUUGGGCUUCAGGACCACGUCCAUCUCAGAGACAGAGACAUCUGCCAUCAGCCAGGAGUACAGGAGCACCUCGGCCACUGCUGUGACAUUCUCUGACUCCUCACUGCUGAAGACUCAAUCCUCAGACUUGGGGAACAACAGGGAAGACCUAAGCCCGAACCAUAGCCCCAGAAAAACCAAGGCUGCCCGGGGUCAAAGCCAGAGGCCCAGCACGACGGAGACCAUGCAAGGCCAGAGCCAGAGGCCCAAUAAGACACAGGCCAUGCAGAGCCAGAGCCAGAGGCCCAGCAAGACGGAAGCCAUGCAGAGCCAGAGCCAGAGGCCCAGCAAGACACAGGCCAUGCAGAGCCAGAGCCAGAGGCCCAGCAAGACGGGGGCCAUGCAGAGCCAGAGCCAGAGGCCCAGCAAGACACAGGCCGCCCAGGGACAGAGCAAGAGGCCCAGCAAGACAGAGGCUGCCGGGGACCAGAGCCAGAGGCCCAGCACGACAGAGGCUGCCUGGGGCCAGAGCCAGAGCCCCAGCAAGAUGGAGGCCGCCCAGGGCCAGAGCCAGAGGCCCAACAAGACAGAGGCUGCCCAGGGCCAGAGCCGGAGGCCCAGCAAGACCAAGGCCACCCAAGGCCCAAGGCAGAGGCUCAGAAAGGCCAAGUUUGCCCAUGGCCACAGCUGGGGACCCAGCAAGGCUGUUGCCACUCAGGGCCGGAGCUGGGGACUGAUCCGAAGCUCCAGCAAGACCAAGACUUUCAAUGACCCAAGUUGGAGCCCCAGCAACACUGAGGCCACCCAGGGCCAGUGCCAGAGGCCCAUCAAGACUGAGGCUGCCCAAGGCUGGAGCCAGAGCACAAGCCCAGGUUCCAGCAAGACCCAGACCAUGUAGGGCCUGGGCCAAGACCCCCGUCCUGGCAG